AUGAGAGCUGGGUUUGUGUGUUGUUCCUGUUGGGACAGCUAUGCCUGGGAGAUUGACGGGGAAGAUAUCGCAGACAGUGCUUAUAAGGGGUUCGCAGGAGUCAGAGGAGUCAACUCGGCUAAGGCCGCUCGACCCGCCACAGAACAAAUAGACCACAACAACGAGGAGUCAUUGCACCCACGGGCCAUGGUUCUCCGCACAGCAGCAGCUGUGGGCCUGUGGCUUCUGAAAGGCAUGGAACUGCCAUGCCGCUCUCAGCCUCCGCACUCCCAGUCGGCCUUCCACAUUUUCGUGACCCUGUGUAUCUGCUUCAUCAUCACCGUGCCCGCAGUCGGAAGGCGUUUCUAUACCCAGCGGCCCCACCUACCACCUAUUAUUAUUUUCCAUCAUUGCGUUACUCGGGAGAAUUUGGUUGUCACUGCACCGCAAAUCGUCGGUGGCUAA